GAAAGAGUAGUGUGCUACCAUACCAAGUUGUUGGUUAUUUAAGGAGUCUAAAAUUUUUAAGUGGCCACCAAAAUCUAAAAAUCCUACACUUGAAAGCAUUAAAGCAACAUUGCCAAAAGAAAAUUGGAGUACAAUUCAUUAUAACAGGUUUAUAGGACCAUUUGCUACAUAUAAUGAAGCUAGAAGUAUUGAAAUCGAAGCUCUUAAUAUUUCGACUAAUGACGAAGAUGCAUUUGAAACAAUCACAAAUAAAGCAACUAAUUGUAAGCCACUUCCCAUGAAACGUGCAAUCAAAAAACCAUAUCGACUUUGUUCUUCCGAUGAAGAAUAUGAUAAGAAAUCAUAUGUUAAAAAUAAAAGACUUCCGAAACUUCAAAAAAAUAAUAUUUCUCUAGGUGAAGAUAAAGAAUCUAAUGAAAAAUCUGAUGAAAAUUCUAAUGAAGAAUCUGAUGAAGCUGCAGAACAAAUUCUAAAACCUUACAAUAUCCAAAAGAGUUUCCAAAAACCUCCAACCAAUUAUAUUUCAAAGAAUAAUAAUAAGAAAUUUACAAGCGAAGAUGAAGCAUGUGUAGCAAAGUGUUUUGUUGACAAUGAAAACAAUAACAUAGGUUUUGAAAGUCAACCUUUGGAAUAUGGAAAUUUCUUUAGUCAGGAACCACUUCUAACGAAACAAUCUGAACCAACAAACAAUAAUGUUGAAUCAAAUAAUGAAAUAUAUAUAUCUGAAACAUUAAAUGAUCUAAAUGACACGAAUCAACUCGACGAACAAAUAUCGUUGCAACAAAAUAUACUUAAUUCAGCUCAAUUGGAUAACGAUAAAAUAUUAAAAAAUAAUUCAAUUAUUCAUAAUGUCAUUGAAACUACACGUAUACAAAAUAAUACUGACCGACAAAACGAACGACGUACGUUCGAACAUCAUGAAUUAUGUUGCGCAUCCUGUCGUAGAGAUAUUCAGACAAUUAAAAAAACAAUAAAUUCAGUUUAUCUUCUUGUAUUGGAUAUGAGUAAUGAAGCACCUCGCGAUGCUACCAAUAAUCUUGCUUUAAACUUGCCUAUUACAUCAGAAAAAGAAUUGAAAGACUUUGAAAUAUUACUAAAAGAAGAUGCUGCAGCUCGGUCACAAUAUAAAAAAAUGAUAAAAAAUAUCGGUGGUACAACUUUCCAAAAACAUGUACGAAAUGCUUUAACUGCUACCUUAACUGAUCAAAUGGCAUAUAAAAUGUCAUGGACAGGACAAAAAAAUUCGCUAAUGGUAAAAGAAAUGAAGAUUAUGGAUUUGAUAAUUGAGACUAUAAUUAAUUCUCGAUUAGAUUCUACGAUUGAUAAAAUACAAGCUGUUAUUAAAUCAUGGUUACAACAUGCUGGCGAUCGUCUUCCUAAAGAAGAAAGAACAAGCAAAAAAUAAAAAUAAGCAUUUAAGAUAAGAUUAGAUUUUCAUUAGAUCAUAUUAAGUAAUAUG